AUGGACUCUUGUAAACCAGAGCUGAUUGUGCUCACAGGGUUUGGUCCAUUCCGACAGUACUUGGUGAAUCCAAGUUGGGAAGCAGUUAAGGAUUUGAAGAGAAUGGGCCUUGGGGACAACAUUGAGAUUCACAUUGUACAGAUUCCUGUGUGUUACUCAAAAGCUCAACAGACUAUUGCUGAAAUAUGGCACAAUCUGAAACCAAAGGUUGUUAUCCAUGUGGGCAUAGCCUCAGGGACCAAAUGCAUUAUUCUGGAACAGACAGGCAAGAACAGUGGCUAUAAGGACCGAGAUGUGUGUGGCAUCUGUCCAGCUGAUAACCGUUGUAUUCAAGGAGGAGCAGAACACUUGGACUCCAUUAUAGACAUGAGGUCACUCGUCAAGAGUUUGAAAGGGCUUGGAUUAGAUGUGAUCUACUCUCGGGAUGCUGGGAGGUACCUGUGUGAUUUUGUAUACUACCUCUCCCUCUAUCUUGGGCAGAGGAGAGCAGCAUUCAUCCACGUGCCUUCCUGUGGCAGUCUAGCAAGCCCAGAAAGACUGGUGCCACAGCUCCAGACCAUUAUCCAGGUCAUGUUAUGCCAGUUUGACACAGAAAACAUAUGA